UGUCACACAACAACAAACGAGAGGGAGGCAGCAGCUGGGAGGGAAGGAGACAGACAGGCUGUGCGAAGAGAGUCAAAGAGAGGGAGACUGGGAGAGUUUUUCUUCCACACCAGUGGAGGUUUGCUCCGCUGCAGAGGGGCCGAGCUGACGGAGAGGAAAGCGCUCAAAAUGGCUAAAAACCAGGAAGUGGAGCGCAUCGCCAAAAAGCUGGAUAAAAUGGUGCACAAGAAGAAUACGGACGGUGCCCUCGACCUGCUGAGGGAACUGAAGAACAUCAAGAUGUCACUGGAGACCCUGCAGUCCACCAGAGUUGGGAUGUCAGUGAACGCGGUGAGGAAGCAGAGUUCAGAUGAAGAGGUUCAGACUCUGGCCAAAGCUCUGAUCAAGUCCUGGAAGAAACUGCUGGACGGAUCAGAGGGGAAGUCGGAGGAGAAGGAGAAGAAGAAGGAAGGCUCUCCUGUGAGGUCGUCGUCCACCUCCAAGGACUGCGGCAGCAGCGAGAAAAGCAGUAAGAAGUCUGGGGAGACCCCCAGCACCCCCACCUCCCCCACCUCCCCCACCACCCCCACCCUCCCCGCUCGGGUCACCUCCUUCCCCCCCGCCCCCGUCACCACCGACAGCGUCCGGAACAAGUGUCGAGAGCUGCUGGUGGCCGCGCUGCAGACUGACGAUGACCACAAGACCAUUGGAGUCGACUGCGAUCACCUUGCAGCACAAAUUGAAGAACAGAUAUUCCAGGAGUUUAAGUCCACAGACAUGAAAUACAAAACCCGUCUACGAAGCCGCAUCUCGAACCUGAAGGACCAGAAGAACCCCGACCUGCGGCGCAACGUCCUGUGUGGGAACAUCUCGCCUCAGCGCAUCGCCUGCAUGACGGCUGAGGAGAUGGCGAGCGCCGAGCUGAAGCAGAUCAGAGAGGCUUUGACGAAAGAGUCCAUCAGGGAGCAUCAGCUGUCGAAGGUCGGGGGAAGUGAGACGGACAUGUUCAUCUGCAACAAGUGUCAUGGAAAGAGCUGCACGUACACACAGGUGCAGACCCGCAGCGCCGAUGAGCCCAUGACGACCUUUGUGUUGUGUAACAGCUGCGGCAACCGAUGGAAGUUCUGUUGAAGAGGACGUGUGUGUAUAUUAUUCCAUCAUGAAGCAAACUGACUAAAGUGAAAUGAAUUUGGAUUUAAGAAAUGAAUUUAGUUUUUUUUUUUUUUUUUUAAUUUCAUAUCAUUUCUUUUUAUAUAUAUAUAAAACUAAAAGCUGUAAUAUAUUUGGAGGAAAAUAUGCCAGUUCAUGUUGUCUAUUGGUUUCAUUUGUUUUGUAUGGAACACUUAAGAGUUUAUUUCAUAUGCUUAAUAAAGCUUUAAGCCAGAUUUAAAUCACAUUUAGGCCUUGUGGAAACAAUGGCUGUGCCUUUGCCAUGUUGUGCUGCCACAUAUUUUGCCUUUAACAUUUCUAUUAAAGUUGCUCUUGGAUGAAGACCAAA